AUGUGGAAGUUGAUGAUAGCAAAGGGAAAUGCAGAAGAUCCGUAUUUGUUCAGUAGCAAUAACUUCCUUGGACGUCAAACAUGGGAGUUCGAUCCCAACGCCGGCACACCAGAGGAACGUGCCGCCAUCGAAGAAGCUCGCCAGAGUUUCCUCGACAACCGUUCUCGUGUUAAAACUUCCAGUGAUCUCUUGUGGCGAAUGCAGAUUUUGAAAGAGAAGAAAUUCGAACAAGUGAUUCCGCCGGUGAAGAUUGACGACGGCGAGGACAUAACGUAUGAAAAAGCGACGAAUGCAUUACGGCGAGGAGUUUCUUUCUUCUCCGCUUUACAGGCCUCUGACGGCCACUGGCCGGCAGAGUUCAGCGGACUUCUCAUCUUCCUUCCUAUGCUGGUAUUUUCUUUGUAUAUCACAGGACACUUGGAAGAGGUAUUCCAUGCAGAGUAUCGUAAAGAGAUGAUCCGAUAUAUGUAUUGCCAGCAGAACGAAGAUGGUGGAUGGGGAUUUCACAUUUUGGGCAAGAGCGUUCUGUUCAGCACCACGUUAAAUUACCUAUGUUUGCGUAUGCUUGGAGUAGGUCCCGACGGAGGACGAGAAAACUCAUGCAAACGAGCCAGGCAAUGGAUACUUAGCCGUGAUGGUGUGACUUUUAUUCCUUCUUGGGGAAAAGUUUGGCUCGCGAUACUCGGAAUCUUUGAUUGGUCUGGAACUAAUCCAAUGCCUCCCGAGAUGUGGUUAAUACCUUCCUUCUUUCCAAUACACCUAGGAAAGAUUAUGUGCUUUACCCGAAUCGUUUAUAUGCCCAUGUCUUAUCUAUAUGGGAAAAGAUUUGUUGCUCCAAUUACGCCUCUUAUCAUGCAACUGCGUGAAGAACUCCACGUACAACCUUAUGAAAAUAUCAAUUGGAAGAAAGCGCGUCAUUUAUAUGCAAAGGAAGACGUAUAUGAUUCACAUCCUCUGUUUCAAGAUUUGAUAUGGGACACUCUCAACGUCUUCGUGGAGCCUCUCCUUACAAGAUGGCCACUAAACAAGCUUGUAAGGGAAAAAGCUCUUCAGGUUGCAAUGAAACACAUACAUUAUGAAGACGAAACUAGCUAUUACAUCACCAUUGGAUCUAUUGAAAAGGCUUUAUGCAUGCUUGCUUGCUGGAUCGAAAACCCGGACGGAGAUCACUUUAAGAAACAUCUUUCAAGAAUUAUGGACUACAUUUGGGUAGCUGAAGAUGGAAUUAAAAUGCAGGGCUUCGGAAGUCAACUUUGGGAGACAGGAUUUGCAAUGCAGGCUAUACUAGCAAGUGAUCCUUGUGAUGAAUCCUAUGAAGUGCUCAGGAAAGGACACGAUUACAUAAAAAAUUCUCAGGUUGUAGAAAACCCUUCAGGUGACUUCAAGAGCAUGUAUCGCCACAUCUCAAAAGGAGCAUGGACUCUUUCUGAUCGAGAUCAAGGGUGGCAAGUUUCAGAUUGUACAGCUGAAGGUCUUAAGUGUUGCAUGUUGCUCUCCACGAUGCCAGCUGAUGUUGUUGGCCAGAAAAUGGAUGCCGAACAACUAUAUGAUGCUGUUAAUAUCUUGCUAUCUCUACAAAGAUACAUACCCUUAGAAGGGAAUAGAUCAAACCUAGUGCAAACCGCGUGGGCUAUGAUGGGAUUGAUUAAUGCGGGACAGGCCGAACAAGAUCUUAUACCUCUUCACCGUGCUGCGAAAUUGAUCAUCAAUUCGCAACUGGAAAACGGGGAUUUUCCUCAACAGGAAAUAGUAGGAGCGGCCUUGAAGACUUGCAUGAUACAGUAA